UUUGCAUGAAAAUAUUUAAUGUGAAAAUUGACUUAAGAAAUGAUAGGUACAUGAAAAUAUAUAAAAUAACAAUAAUUUAAUAUUUUUUGUUUUAAAGUAAAUAUUUUUUAUGUAAAUAAUGAUAUUAAGGAAGUUUUACAUAAUUUAAAAAUAAAAAAUUAUAAAACAUAUCGUGGCCCGUGCAUCGCACGGGAGGGUGUACUAGUUUAUUUUAAAAACACAGGCCCAGCCUCCCUAGGGUAAUCAGGCCCAGUCCGGGCCCAAAAACCUUAACAGCUAUUGUUUGAAAAGGAGGGAUUUGCAGCAGCAGUCGCUGCCCCCUUCUCCUUCCCGUCGCCACGCCUGGAGCCUCGCUGCCGCCUUUUCCCCCGUCAGCCCGCCGCCGCCGCGCGCGAAGCAACGACGCCAUCAGACGUCGUGCGUCGACGCCGGAGGUCUCCACGCCGGUCGCGGCUCGAAGCCGCGUCGAAGGGGACGCGUUUUCAGCGGAGGAAGAAGCGGCGCUCUCGCUGGACGGAUCCCAGCCGGUCGCGGCUCGAAGGCGCGUUGGAGGUAAGCGGCGACGUCUCCAGACGCCUGCCCGCGUCCUCACCGUUCUUCAGCCAUUCCGGCAGGGGCUCGAAGCUCCUUGUCGCCGUUCACCGCCUGGAGGCGUGCAAGACCUCCACCAUCAGUCACCCUCCAUUUCCGGACUCCAAGCCCGCGAUAUGAACGCGUUGCAGAGGGACAGCGGCGUCUCUGAAUCGAGGCGCGACGCAGACGGCGGCGAGUGGUCGGGCGCGGCGCACCGGCGAGCCCCGACCCACCUGCGCCGCCUCGUCAAUCACCCACGCCCUCUGCAUCAGCGGUGGCCGAUGGUAGCAGAAGUGAUCCAGCAAAGAGGGUUCGAAUAUAGCCCAGCAAUAUUCACCCGAUUUCAGAAUAUAGUUUCGAAAUUCAUUAAUCCCAAAUUUUCAGUUUCAGAUUUCAAAAAUCACAUAUUCUUAACCCAUAAAAGUCAAAGUCAAAGAUGAUGAAACAUGACGUAAUAUUCCACUUGUCCAACUAUUUUGUUAACUUCCAUUUGUAAUUGUAUUGUGCAAAAUUUGUAACACACGUAGACUUAGACUAUUAAUUAGGACAUAUGUAUGCAAGACUUAUUCAUAAACAAACUGCCACACGUGAACUUCUUGAACAAACCCCUAUCCGACAAUUGUCACACAACCCCCUAAUCACUGUCUCUUUCUUUCUCUAAUUUCACCAACUUAUUCUUGCCGUCUCUCCUAACCCUAUAAAUACAUCUUUUAAUUUCUUUAAAUUUCCACACUUACUAUUUCGACUUCCCAAAAUGGUAGCACUCGAGUCCACUCCACCUCUAUCCCAACACUAUACCAAAGUUGCUCACGGUCGGUCGCACGACCGAAGUUCGCAAAGCGAGGUCGCAUGCCAUCAUGACCUGCCGGUCAUAGACCUGGCCGGUCUGAUGGACGGCGACGAGGGUGCGAGGGCCAAAUGCGCGUCGGAAAUCGCGGCGGCUUCUUCGGAAUGGGGUUUCUUUCAAGUAGUCAACCAUGGCAUCAACCCCAAACUCCUAAACCGGAUGAGGAGAGAGCAAAUCGAGCUCUUCAAUGCUCCUUUCUCAAGAAAGUCGAGUUGCGGGAUUCUCAACAACUCGUACCGGUGGGGCUCCCCCACUGCCACCGCCCCCGACAACUUCUCGUGGUCGGAGGCGUUCCACAUCUCCCUCACCAAGAUCUCCGACGAAUCUUGCUACGCCGAGUUCUCCUCUCUAAGGGAAGUGCUGGUCGGAUACGCCGCAGAAAUGCAGAAACUGGCCAAACUGCUAGCUGAGGUGCUGAUCAAGAAUCUAGGGCAAACAAUGCAAGAUUUUGAGGAGACUAUCGAAUGCGACGAGAGCACAUGUUUUCUUCGAUUAAACCGAUAUCCGGCAUGCCCAUUACCUGCAGAAAUCUCCGGUUUGGUGCCACACACAGAUAGUGAUUUUCUCACAAUAUUACAUCAAGAUGAAGUUGGGGGGCUUCAACUCAUCAAAGACUCCAAAUGGGUUGCUGUCAAACCCAACAAAGAUGCACUCAUUGUCAACAUUGGUGAUCUUUUUCAGGCUUGGAGUAACAAUUUGUAUAAGAGUGUGGAGCAUAAAGUGAUGGCUAAUCCAAAGAUAGAGAGAUUCUCAGUGGCCUACUUUCUUUGCCCUUCUUAUGACUCUUUGAUCAAGACUUACAAACAGCCAUCUCUUUAUACUAAUUUUACCUUUGCAGACUACAGAGCCAAAGUCCAAGAAGAUUCUAGAUUAUUUGGUCGAAAAAUUGGCCUAUCUAGGUUUCUACGAUCAUAAUUAUUCAUGUCUUCCAAUAUUAAUUAUAUAUAUAUAUAAGCAAAAGUUUAUAACAAAUUGUUUAGAAAUUAAGGGAAUAAGACUAGAUCCCCUUUACGCGUUAAGGA